GGCGGCGGAGCUCCAGCGAUAUUUUGGUCCGCUGUGUGAAGGGAACGAGAAGGCGUAUGCUUGGCCCGCGGACAACUGUGCCUCUUGGCGACGCGGAGCCGUUCUCUUCCGGUUCUCUUGUCUGACCUCUGGGCUGGCGCAGCUUCUUCUUUGUCGCCUUCGCGGCCCCCGCACUUCUCUUUCUUGCCAGCCUCGCCCUCCCUCCGCGUUCGAGCUUCGUCCCUCUCUCUUCCUCUUCGCGAAAUUGUUGUCGCCGCCGGCGGCGCUUCUCUCCUGCCACGCGUUCUGUCCUUUCGAGCUGGGAGCUGUUUUCCGAGUCUUGAAUGCUUUGAACCCUGAUCUCUCUCACCGCCUCCUCUUGCCACUGUAUCUUGCUGGUUCUUUUCUUCUUUUCUGGUCUCACUGUUUCGUCUAGUUUCUUCUUUGAUCUUCGAAAGUCAGUCCGUCCGCCAAAAUGCGUGAGAUUCUUCACAUCCAGGGAGGGCAGUGCGGAAACCAGAUCGGGGCGAAGUUCUGGGAGGUUGUAUGCGAUGAACAUGGCAUCGACCCCACUGGAACGUAUCAUGGCGAUUCUGACCUGCAGCUUGAGCGAAUCAAUGUGUAUUACAACGAGGCCAGCGGUGGGCGGUACGUUCCAAGGGCCGUGCUGAUGGAUCUUGAACCAGGAACCAUGGACAGCGUUAGGUCAGGCCCGUACGGGCAGAUCUUUCGGCCAGACAACUUUGUAUUUGGUCAGACGGGUGCAGGAAAUAACUGGGCCAAGGGACACUACACCGAGGGCGCGGAGCUGAUCGAUUCCGUAUUGGACGUCGUUCGCAAAGAGGCUGAAAGCUGUGAUUGUCUCCAAGGUUUCCAAGUAUGCCAUUCGCUUGGAGGGGGGACCGGAUCGGGAAUGGGAACGCUGUUGAUCUCGAAGAUUCGAGAGGAGUACCCAGACAGAAUGAUGUUGACGUUCUCCGUAUUCCCGUCUCCGAAGGUGUCCGACACUGUUGUCGAGCCAUACAACGCUACCUUGUCCGUACAUCAGCUUGUCGAGAACGCGGAUGAAUGUAUGGUUCUUGAUAACGAGGCAUUGUACGAUAUCUGUUUCAGAACGCUGAAGCUCACGACUCCUACGUUCGGAGACUUGAAUCAUUUGAUUUCUGCGACGAUGAGUGGUGUGACUUGCUGCCUCCGCUUCCCAGGACAGCUGAACUCGGAUCUACGAAAGCUGGCCGUGAACUUGAUCCCCUUUCCCCGUCUCCACUUCUUUAUGGUAGGGUUCGCGCCAUUGACGUCGCGAGGUUCUCAGCAGUACCGUGCCUUGACAGUCCCAGAGCUGACUCAGCAGAUGUGGGACGCCAAGAACAUGAUGUGUGCGGCUGACCCUCGCCACGGCAGAUAUCUCACUGCGUCCGCUAUGUUCCGUGGGCGAAUGAGCACCAAGGAGGUGGACGAGCAAAUGAUCAACGUGCAGAACAAGAACUCCUCAUACUUUGUGGAGUGGAUUCCGAAUAACGUCAAGUCCAGCGUUUGCGACAUUCCCCCGAAGGGUCUGAAAAUGUCCUCUACUUUCAUUGGCAACUCAACAUCCAUUCAAGAGAUGUUCAAGCGCGUGAGUGAGCAGUUUACGGCUAUGUUUCGGCGAAAGGCUUUCCUCCACUGGUACACAGGAGAGGGAAUGGACGAGAUGGAGUUCACGGAGGCGGAAUCGAACAUGAAUGAUCUCGUGUCGGAGUACCAGCAAUACCAAGACGCAAGUGCCGAAGAGGAGGGAGAAUUCGAGGAAGAGGAGGGAGAAGAAGCAUAGGCGACUGUCUAUGCGGCUCCCUUAUAACGAUAAAUAUUUUAGUUAUCAAUCCACUCAUCUCAUCAGCACAGAAGAUUAGAGAUCUCAGAACUUGUGGGAUCUUUAGCGAUGUGAAGUGGAAACUCGGGGGUCCAGUCUCUCGUGGACGAACACCGAUCUUGUCUGCAUCGAGCUGGGAGAUAUCCUCAAGGGGACUCGGUGGCUACAUGCGCGGGACGGAGGGGGCAUGCAAAUAACUUUUUUGCUUUGGCUUGGCCUAUUCUUGCUUUUGAUGGCUAGUUUCUCUUCUCUUUCGAGGUUACCCCCACACUCGUGCCCUCUUUAUUCCUUCGCAGUAACCACACCUAAUUCGUCCCUGCUCCCUCUCAGAGGGUAAUGGCCUGAUUUUCUUAAUGACAUGGCAAUAAUGAUGUAUUCCUUUCUUUUGCAAGUUGCCUGUGUACAAGUCUCUCUUCGGAUAAUGCUCUGCUUUUUGAAAAACUGACUCAGGCAGGUUAUUAUGCAGUAUCAUUAUCUCAUGCAGAAAAUAGCUCCCUUCCUAUUCUUGGACAGUCUACCGUAACAUUUCAUUUGUGGCAUGAGUCGGCAUAUUAUGUUGUGUAUCAGUGGGACUGGUGGGAGAAAAGCUGAACACUCUAAUGUCAAUCCCGGAAUGCAAUUGUUAGCCACAAGGUGCAUUGCGUAACUGAUGUCUUCCAAGCGUUAUAGGCUAGGGAUGAAUGCUUGUGGGUGGGCCGUCCUCUGAGGUCCAAGUCUUAUUCCAAGGGUUAAAUAACUGUACGCGAACAAAUCCACGUAUGUAACCCUUGGCACCAAAAAACAGAGGACGGCCACAAUCUUUGGACCUGCAUCUCGCCAUUCGGGUUCUCUCGUUUUUCAAUUUUUUGGAUCUGACGUUAGCCACAGGCAGCACCUUGCCUUUGAAGCACCAAGGGAUAGUCUGUUUGUAAUGAUGACGCAACGUCCUGCUAUGGGCUUGAUGGACUUGGUUACUACAGGGGCAAUCUGGGGAUGAGCACUGGUGGGAAAAUCCGUGUUGUAUUGCUCUUCUUUCGAAGGUCCAAUUACAAUCUCAGCGAAAAUUCUUGUUACUCGGUCGGAGGACAAUGCCCGCAGUCAUCUGUUAUUUUACGUUUCUUGUCAGGGCAAUGAUUUGAUUUCUUGUUCUCACAUUUCGGAUCUGACAUAAGCCGCGCACAGCAAAUCGCCUUGCAGCCCGCAAGGGAUGGUUUGUUUCGUAAUGACGCAACGCCCUUGUAUGGGGACAUCGACAUGGUACCUGGUCGCAUUGGUGUUCUUCCGAAGAUCUAGCGGAGCAUAUCGCCUUGUAUCGCCUUGUACCUGGUCGCAUCGGGGAAGCUGGGGAUGGGCGCUGGUGGGUAAAAACCCUUGUCGUUGCAUUGGUGUUCUUCCGAAGACCCCAUGACAAUAUCGGCGAAUGUUAGUUUUUUCGCAUUGGAAUACAACACCCGCUGUCAUCUGCUAUUUAAUGCUCUUCUCGUCUUGUAUCAGCUAUUUAAUGCUCCUCUUCUUGGAUCUGCUAUUUAAUGCUGUUAUCUUGUUACGGCUUUGAUCUAGCGGGAUCUGAUCUAACCGCUCAUUUCUCGAAACUACUUAAUGUAGCUCUAUAAGGGGGUUGUUUCGCGUACGCGGUGUCCUUGAAGGUGUAGUAAAAAAAUUCUGUUGUUGGACGAUUCGAUAAGCGAUGCUGAAAAUGGCUCAUUGUCGA